UUUUCUUUUUUUUUUCUUUUUUUUUUUAAAAAUGAGUGUGAUACAGGCUAUUUUCAUCAAACAAACCGAGACACGACAUGAGAAUAAAGCAUAUACUGCCUACCGUAUCGACAUUCAAGCGGCAGUGCGUCACUGGCAUAUUUGGAAACGUUAUUCAGAUUUUGUACGACUUCAUGAACAAUUAAUCGAAAGUUUCCCGGGUAUUAGUAUGCCAGCCAAUUUACCUCAAAAGCGUAUCUUUCCACCUACCAUCUCAGCACCGGAUCGUAUCGAAGAUCGUCGACAAGGAUUAGAAGACUAUUUACGUACCAUUCAAAGUUACCGUGAUGAUCGAUGGCGUAAAACAGAUAUAUGGAAUGAUUUUUUAGCAUUACCAUUAAUGCAACCGGGGGAAAAAGAUGGGUUUUCUUUUCGGUCUUGGUUGGAUGAAUAUGAUGAUUUGUUAUCACUCUCACGAGAGAUUCGAUCCUUGAUCACGAGUCGGAACACGCAUCAAAGUCAGCAUGAGGUAUCCGAUGCCAUGCGUUGUGAAGUAAAAGCUAAAAAAGAUUUGAUGACAUUGAAUGCUCGUUUGGGUAACCUAGAAACCUCACUUUUAAAAGGGGAGGGGUUGGUGGUAGAAGGUGAAGAGAGAAGACGAUUGGACAAGACAAGUCAAUUAAAACUAGAACGAGAUGUACUUGUUCAACUCAUGAGUGUAACAAGACAAGACUUUUCCAAAAAGAAGGACACUUAUGCAUCCUCUGCUUCUUUGUUGUUGUCGUCCUCAGAGAAUCGACCCUUUAUGGGAGACAUUGGCUUUGAUCAACAACAAAUAAAGAGAAACAAGACGGUACCUACACAUACAGCAAGACCUGUACGUGCAUUUGGAAACGCCCUUCGUCUACAACAACAGCAACAACAAAAAGAAAAGUUACAAGAGACAGAGUUGACAAAAGGAUUGGAUAACAAGGAACUCUUGACCUAUCAAACAAAAGUCAUGAAUGACCAGGACCUACAUAUAGAACAAUUCAGUCAAUUACUCUCAAGACAAAAAGAAAUUGGUCUCGCUAUUAAUUAUGAACUAGAAAAUCAGAUUGAGGUAUUAGAGUCAUUGGAUAUUCAAGUUGAUAACACAGGUACCAAACUCGCUUUUGCAAACAAGAAACUGUCUAAAAUCAAGUAAAUCUUUUUUUUUUUUUUGUGACCGUUUCAUUUUACAACCCAAAAAAAAAAAAAAUUAUUUUUUUUCAAAUAAAAAGAUUUCUUUUUUCUUUUUUUUUUUUUG